AUGGCGCCAUCCGAGAUUGCGAUCGAGCCUGUCAGCGGCGCCGUUACGCCCAACGCUCCCAGUACCCGGCCCUCGAGCGACGUGGAAGACACCACCAGCAACGGUGGCGGUAGCGCCAACGGCGACAAGAGCAAGAAGCGCAAGAGGAGAAAGGGAAGCAGGAGGUCCAAGGCCGCCGCUACCAACGAGGGAGACGAGGAGGCCGCUGCGCUCGCUGCUGCCGCCAAGAGGCCCAAGAUUGACCUCAAUGACAAGACCAAGAGCUUGGUACCGAUAGAAGGUAGAAAUCCCAGCCGGCGCCGAUGCGGAGCGCUUCGAAAGAUGUGCGGCGCUGUGCGCACCAUCCUCGAGUGCAUCGGCGAGGAUGCCAACCGCCCCGGCCUACUAGACUCGCCGGCGCGGUACGCCAAGGCCCUCCUUUUCCUUACCAAGGGCUACCAACAGACCCCUCGCGAGAUCAUGAACAACGCCAUCUGGGACGACGAGGGCCACAACCACCACGGCAUGGUCAUUGUGCGGGACAUUGAGGUUUUUAGUCUCUGCGAGCACCAUCUUGUUCCCUUCACUGGCAAGAUGCACAUUGGUUACAUCCCCACCACCCGAGUCGUCGGACUAUCGAAGCUCGCUCGCAUCGCCGAAGUUUACGCCCGCCGCCUCCAGAUCCAGGAGCGCCUCACUAAGGAAGUUGCCAACGCCAUCAUGGACGUCCUCAAGCCCCAGGGCGUUGCCGUCGUCAUGGAGGCCAAGCACUUUUGCAUGGUCAUGCGCGGCGUCGAGAAGACCUCGGCCACCACCAUCACCAGCUCCGUCCUCGGCUGCUUCGAGCGGAGCACCAAGACCAGGAACGAGUUCCUCAGCCUCCUCAGGCUCGAAAAGUCCAUCUAG